AUGGAUGCGAUUGCGGGAAAGGCUUCCGAAGCGGCUUCUGCAGCAGCUCGUACGUCGGCUGCCGUCGCGACACCGCCGCCGUUCGCCGCACCGACCGCGUCAGAGGACUUUAUCCUGGCGCUCAACUCGAUUCUGAGACUCACGUACUAUGUGUUGAGCUGGUCAGCUUCUGCUGUGAGUGUGGACGCCUGUGUGGUGUCGAUGUUCUGGUGCUAGAUCGCACACUCUAGCCUGGAUCGACGUCAUCCAAAGCGGGCUCGGGAGGUGAUGGUGCUCGCCCUGUCGUGUGCUCACGUGCGCGUGCAGCAACACGGGCGACUUGUGAUGUGUGUGAUAUCACACCGUUGACACUCGGCUCCUGAUUAACGCACCAAGAGCGACCGGCCGCUGCUGGCUCUCUGAUCGAACGAAGCGGGUUGCUAACUCCACUCUCGACUUCUCUUCGCAGUCGGCACAUCUCGCAGCCUUUGUCACCUUGACCUUGCCACGAUGGGCUUUCUUAGUCCUGCACUGGGGAGCCACGAUUACGUUGCGCUUCAACUUCAUGUCGGUCAUUAUAACGCUCUUCAUAGGCGCAACGAUCUUGUCCUACGUCUGGAAGGUGCGCUACCUCAACCGGUACACCACACUCAAGGUAGCGCCCUUGGAGAAGGAUGAGGGCUUCGACCUGUGAGUACAUCUCUAUGUGCGUCUCGCUGCACUCGCUCACAUCAGGGGCGGGAUCCAUGAAACAGGCACCCCGAUCUCGUCACCGAUCAAGCGCAACCCAGGUUCCACAACUAUCUCGACGAGGUGAGCAAAGCGCUUUUCUUGUUCCUCCCAAUCUGGACUGACGUCUCGGACCACCUACGCAAUUAGUUCUUGUCCGCAAUCAAGGUGUUUGGGUAUCUCGAAAAACCAGUUUUCCAUGAGCUUGCGCGCCAUCUACAAACCCGUCGACUCAUCGCCGGGGACACGCUCAACCUGGAUCAGGACAAGUCCUUUUACAUCGUCGUUGAUGGCUCCGUGCAAGUCUUUGCCCAGACCUCGACCUCGACGGACGGCGAGCCAGCGAGGGAUGCCUAUGACGACGAGGAUAACAACGGGUAUCAGCUGCUCAACAACGUCGAAUCAGGAGGCACAUUAUCGAGCCUGUUCACUAUCCUGUCACUCUUCACAGAGGAUGUCAAGCUGCGCUACGAGGAGAAUGAGCAUUUCAUGGGUAGCGCUUCCCAGUCGGGUGCACGCCCAUCAGCAUCCGGUGCUCGGGCACGACCCCGAAGAGCGUCCGAGGGUCGCUUUGGUGCCACUCGACCGGACCGCAACUUUGACGUCACAGACUUCCACCUCGAUGACCCUAAUUACUUACGUGAACGGAGGCCCAGCAGCGGAACUCCCUCGGGGCGCCGUUCCCGAUCUCCUCUUCGUCAAAGCUCUACACGAGUGUUCAGUCAGCCCUCGCUCGAUGGCUCGGUUGGCACCAUCAUUCCAGAGGAAGGAAGCACGGGCGAUUCGACCGAUGACGCGGAUAACGAGUCGGGCGAGUCCACGGACCGGGGUAGCGUUCCUCGCCCGUCGAUCCACCCAUUCCAUCCCGCGUCACAGUCAGGCCUAGGCCACCCGGCAGGUGCACCCGGCUUCAGCUUUGAGCCUUCGCCGCCGCAAUUCCGAGGACAGAGUUUCGAGAGUACGCACGGGAAUGGCAAGGAUGUCCCGAAGGAGCGCACCAUCGCUCGUGCCACGACCGACACGACUUUGGCCGUCAUCCCCGCCGAAGCGUUCCGACGGCUCACGAAAAAGUUUCCCAACGCCGCGGCACACAUCGUUCAAGUUAUCCUGACGCGACUGCAGCGCGUGACAUUCUUGACCGCCCACAAGUACCUCGGUCUGACCCGAGAAGUCAUCCGUACGGAGAAAGCGAUCAACGAGCUCGCGUGCUACCCCUUGCCCGAUGCAUUCUGGGAGAGUGGGGGGAUCCAUCGCUUGCGACAGCGUUUCCAGCCUGAGACGAAGCUGGCCGAAAACCCCGUCGACGAUGACCACGAUGACCUCGACUACUUUACGAUGGCCACCCCGAUCGCUGGACCCGCAAUGGGUGACGUCUUCUGGGGAAAUGACACCCAUAAAGAUCACGAAGAAGGUGUGCGCCUCAAGUACCGGCCCCCUGCGAACCGAAAGAGUCGAGGCGGGAUGUCGACGCGCAAAGCCGGAGAUCUUUUGACGAUGUCCACUCCGGCCGACGAAGAGCUGCGAUCCAUCCACUUCAGUCCACUCGCGACGCCAAGGAUCGAGCGCUCGUCUGACGGCCCGUCGCCCGUCGACGAUUUUGAUCUGCGCCAGGCCGUGAUGGAGUCUAUUUCGAAAGCGAUCGGGCUCGUUCACCAUGCUGCUACCCCAUCUGCUUCGAUUGAAGCCUCGCCCAUGGUCCGACCCACCGAAGCGGCCUCAAACUUGCAAAAAGCUGUCUUCAACUCCUCGUUCGGCUCGCUGUCGUUCCUCGGUAUGCACGCCUUUGACGACGAGUCCUCCGUCACUGGCUCCUCCAUUGCGAGCUUCUCUUCAACCGAGCUCGAGAACGAAGUGGAGGUACUGUUCUUCCCUAAGGGCAGCACCCUCGUCAAGGAAGGCGAGAAGAAUGCGGGUCUCUACUUUGUCAUUGAAGGUUUCUUGGACGUCUCGAUGCCCGAGCCGACUGCAGAUGCCACGAUCAAGAAUCAAGAGAAGACGCCGACGACUAACAUCCCGACCGCAUCUUCACAGACAUCGUCGAGCGCUCAUUCGAGGCGAAGCUCGUACGGGGCCAAGGCCAGUGGAGGUCCGACUGCGAACACACCGCUUCGACGGGGUUCGACACCGAUGGGUCGACCCAAACCCAUCCCUCGGGCGACGCAAGCCGUCGUGGACACGGGCAAGUUGCCACCCAUGAACGAAGAACCGAGUGAGAAAACCUCGACGCCCCUGUUCACGGUCAAGCCGGGUGGAAUUGCAGGUUACCUCUCGUCGCUGUCUGGCUUUCCUUCCUACGUUGACAUCACCGCCAAAACGGAAUGCUACGUCGGCUUCUUGCCGGCCAAGGCUCUGGACAGGAUCAUGGACCGCAAGCCAAUCGUACUGCUCACCUUGGCCAAGCGAUUGAUCAGUCUGCUCUCGCCGCUGAUCUUGCAUAUCGACUCGGCCUUGGACUGGCAGCAUGUCAGCGCGGGUCAAGUGAUCUACCGUCAGGGCGAGCCAGCUGACUCGUUCUACAUCGUAAGCCCUGGCUUGUCCCGAAUGCAGUGCACCUGUGCUGAUAGUCAGCUUAUCUAACCCUACGCCAGGUCAUCAACGGUCGACUGCGGUCCAUUAACGAGAAAGCAGGAGGAGGGGUGGAGAUCGAGAGCGAAUACGGUCAAGGCGAGUCGGUUGGCGAACUCGACUGCAUCACCGCAUCGACGCGUCCUUCCACGCUCCACGCCAUUCGUGACAGCGAGUUGGCGAGGAUGCCCAUGACGCUCUUCAACGCCAUCUCGGUGCGCCAUCCCCUCGUCACGAUCCAGAUCUCGCGCAUCAUCGCCGCUCGCUUGCGUUCGCAGGUCCAUGCCCGCUCGUCGGUCCCGCUUCCGCUUUCCACCGGUGGGAUGGACCGUAUGGGCAAAGACAACUUCAACCUCAAGACGGUCGCCAUUAUUCCUACGAAUCGACACGUCCCGGUGUCAGUAUUUUCGACGAAGCUCCUGCACGCGCUCGAAUCGAUGGGUGCUCUGACAAGCUAUCUCAACCAAGCUACGGUGAUGCAGGUGCUCGGGCGACAUGCGUUCAGUCGAAUGGGGACUUUGAAGCUCGCGGGGUGGUUGGCCGAAACGGAACAAAAGUACCGCAUCGUCCUCUACGUCGCCGACACGGCUGUUUCGGCGCCCUGGACGCAGACGUGCAUUCGACAGGCCGAUUGUAUUUUGCUCGUUGCUGAUGGUGGGAGUGAUCCGGGCCUGGGAGAGUACGAGAAGCUUCUUGUCAGCAUGAAGACGACGGCGAGGAAGGAGUUGAUCUUGCUGCAUUCCGAGAGGACGGUGCCGCCUGGCACAACUCGUCCUUGGCUCAAGGUAAGCUAGCUCGUCUACUUUUGAAGAGUCUCGGCUGACUAGUAUACUAGUAUUCUGACGUGUCGGACUCGCCCAGAACCGGCCCUGGAUUCAUGCACAUCACCAUAUCGAAAUGAUCGGUGCCACACCCGAGACGAUGCCAGCGCCUUUCGAUGACCCAGCGCCUGUUGUUGCGCUACGCAAGAUCGCUCGACGAGUCGAGGUCCAGAUUGGAAAGUACCGCAAGAGUACUCAAGCGCUCGAGCACUUCCGGCCACCGGCGUUGAACGACUUUGCCCGACUGGCUCGUCGAUUGUGCGGAAAAUCGAUUGGUAUCGUGUUGGGUGGUGGUGGUGCGCGAGGGAUCUCCCACAUCGGCGUGAUUCAAGCGCUCGUUGACCAAGGGAUUCCGAUCGACAUGGUCGGAGGCACAUCAAUCGGCUCCUUUGUUGGAGGUCUUUACGCUCGCGAAGGGGACCUUGUAUCGACGUAUGGCCGAGCGAAACGUUUCAGUGGUCGCAUGUCGACCUUGUGGCGUAUCCUCACCGAUCUGACUUACCCAGUGGUCGCAUAUACGACCGGUGAGUCCCAGUGUCUUAUACGUGUGGGCUCUGCUGACUUUGGCCAGUACACCUUUCCCUAGGCCACGAGUUCAACCGAGGUAUCUACAAGAGUUUCUACGACGUCCACAUCGAAGACAUGUGGCUGCCGUUCUUCUGCAACACGACGAACAUCACCCACUCGAGGAUGGAGGUGCAUACGACGGGUUAUGCGUGGCGGUACAUUCGGGCGUCCAUGUCACUGGCGGGACUGUUGCCGCCGCUUUGCGACGCUGGGGACAUGCUCGUCGACGGCGGAUACGUCGACAACUUGCCGGUCAGUUCGGCUUGUGCCAAUCAUUCCGAGCGUAAACGCAGCUUCAGUCACUGACUAUACUUGUGCACUAGGUUUCGGUCAUGCUCUCGAUGGGUGCGGCCUCGGUCUUUGCGGUCGAUGUUGGAUCGGUCGACGACACCUCGCCUCGAUCGUACGGCGAGAGCGUGUCGGGCUGGUGGCUCUUGGUGCAGCGCUGGAAUCCGUUUGCGACGCCUUCCAACAUCCCCAAUAUUACUGAGAUUCAGUCCCGGUUGACCUAGUAAGUCUGAACUUGUCGUGUCUUGUCGUCCGAUGCACACUGACUGGUUUGUUCUAUUAUUCUCCUAGCGUGUCGAGCGUGAAGAUGCUCGAGGAGGCCAAAGCGACACCUGGUGUACUUUACAUGAGGAUGCCUGUGAGCGCAAUAUACCCUUUCCACAAUCAUAAACAUUCGUGCUAACUCAUCAGGCCUGAAUCUUGCUUUCCUCUCAGGUCACACAAUUCGGGACCGUGAGUCUACGAAGUGGUGGGCUCGAGUUUCGAGACAGCAUUUGCUGACUCCUACAGUCGGCUAUCUCGCAGAUGGAGUUCAAACGCUUCGGUGAACUGUUCGAGAUUGGUCAAGCGCACGCUAAAGAGUUGUUGACCAAGUGGGGCAAGGAAGGCCAAUUGCCGACGGGCACCGUUGGCGAGAUCUCGGCGGCCAAAGUCCAAAAGAGGGGUCAUAGCAUUCGUAGAAAUUCGAUUUGA